ACCAAAAUUCCUGGCGCUCUGUUUGGUCGAAGUCGCUGAAGCGAAGGCACAGCGAGACCAGCGAGGAGUUGCCAGGGGUGGAGGUGAUCGAGCUCCAGGAGGAAGCAGAGAUGUCCGAGGAGCAGGCCUUGCCAUCUGUGGAACCUGCCCUGAUGCCUCUGCCGCCGAUGCCCAUGGAAGGAGUGGACGACCUUGGCCUUGACAUGCAGGUGCAGGAGUAUGUUCUCGAGGACACCUCGCGACAGAAGCCCGAGGCGCCUGUCGACAGUGCCCUCGUGAAACAAGAGGACGGAGUGCAUGGAAGUGGCGACGCGGAUCAGAGCACCAGAAAUCCUGCUUUGCAGGCAUCGAAGGCAGUCGGCUGCAGUUUUACGUCGCCGAUCCAGCUGGAAGGCCUCCGCCGGUGCGCCGCGCGACGCCGCGCCCGAGCCGAGGCGUCUCCAGACCUGGACUCCGACGCGACAGCCACUACCUCGAGCAAGCAGUUUCCGAGGGCCUUCUCCCUUGCCGAGCUGGGCAGCCACGGGAGCGGGGAAGGCGUGUCCGUGGAGGAAGUUGCCAGCUGCGGUGUUUCCAAUCUCAGGUUUGACAAGACCUGCUUUUCCAAGAUGCGCGUGAUUGGCCAGUUCAACCUUGGCUUCAUCAUCGCUGCGCUGCCUCAGAAGCAGGACGAUGGUCAGAGUCACCCGCCAGGCGACCUCCAGCUGUUCAUCGUGGAUCAGCAUGCCUCUGACGAGAAGUUCCGUUUCGAGGCACUGAACCGCGAAACUCGCCUCGAUCGACAGCCCCUGGUGACGCCUCACCCGUUGCAGCUGACGCCGGCCCAGGAGCAGCUGGCCGAGGCCCAUGCGGAGGUCUUCCGCAUGAACGGUUUCGAGCUGAAGAAGGAUGAGGCGCAGCCACCUGGGCGAAGGCUUCGAGCUACCGCGUUGCCCAGCUGUCAGGGGCUGGUCUUCAACGACAAGGACAUUCAUGACCUCCUGUACAAGCUGGAAGAGGCAGAGGUGUCAGAGAAUGUGACGCAGUCCGAUAAAACAGGGCUCCUGGACCUUUCCGGGCAUCGGGCACUUUGGAGCGCCACUGCUGCGCCCAGGCCACAGAAG